UUCCAAUGCGACUAUGUACAUGGGUCCGACCAGCCACGGUCGUCGUUGCUUGCUGGUUGCCGUCGUUCCAACUCCUAAAGUAUAGUACUCCAUUGUACAAUUUCCACACUCGUGCCCAUGAAAACCUCGUUCGUCGCGCUCUUCGCCGUACUGGCUACCGCCGCCGCCGCCUCGUUGACCUUGACCAACGAAGAGAUCAACGACGGCAAGAUCCGCACCCCCGAGCAGCUCCAAGCCAUCCAAGACGACGGCGACGACAACCGCAAGUGCCACACGUCCAACGACGGGUACCUUCCGGUGCUCAAGCCUGGCAACUACCAAGCGAGCAAGUUCCACGGGUGUUUCCGUACAUCGAGUCAAAUUAACGAGUUCUUGGACGUCCUGGUCAAGCAAAACCCGAGUGUGAUCACAAAGUUCCAGAUCGGUGAGUCGGUGCGCAAGCAGCCCAUCUACGGGUACAAGGUGAUCAGCAAGGCUGGCGCCCAGCCCAAGUCGCUGUACUUUGAAGCGCUGAUCCACGCCCGCGAAUGGACGACGGGGGCGUCCACGGUGUGGACGAUCUCGCGCAUUCUGGACGACCUCUCCAACGGCAAAAACUAUGCGCUCGAUUUGUACAACUUGUACUUUGUGCCGGUGCUUAACGUGGACGGGUAUGACAUCUCGUGGACGGCCGGGAAGCGGUACCAGCGCAAAAACGCCAACGAAGUCGACUUGAACCGUAACUUUAUCAGCAAGUACGUCAACCCGAACCCGCCCAAGCCGUCCGACCAGACGUACCCGGGCCCGUUUCCGUUCAGCGAGCCUGAAACCAAAGCCGUGGACACAUUUGUCAAGGCCCAUAAGGAUGAACUGUUUGGCUACGUGGACAUUCACUCGAACGCGGCGUCGGUGCUGGUCCCGUACGGAGAUACGUAUGCCCCCAUCGGCGGCGGCGAAGACGAAAAGUUCGCCAAGCUCGGCGCGAACGUCCGCGACGCGCUUAACAACGUCACAGGCAAUCCCAAGGAAUACAAGUGGGAAAAGUCUGCGGCUUUGUACCCUGCAUAUGGAUGCUUUGACGAUUACCACUACCGCACGUACAACAAGCCCACGGUGACGCUGGAAAUGACCGGCGAUGACUUUGUCGUGCCGUUCUCGGCGAUCCCUAUCCGAGGCGACGAAAUCUACUACGGAUUGUGGCAAUUCGCCAAGGAAGUGAACGUGUUCAACGGCACGGCCACCACGACCCCCGCCCCCACCACGUCGUCGGCGCCCACUACCACCAAGCCGGCGUGUUAAAAUGUCGUGAUGUUACAGUGUAGCUGGCUGGCUCGCUGGCUUGUUUUCCAUGUGGAACCACCAUCGCAUACAUACUAUAUACUAAUAUAUACAGUAGUGUUUCUUGUACCGAUA